AUGACAAGCGCAAUGUUUGGCCCAAAUGCUAUGUCCAUGGCCAUGGGGGUAUCGUCAACAAGUCCCGGACAAUCAUCUCCCGAAUCGUUCGAGAUCGAGGAGGACUCGAAUGCAGCGCAGACCUCGCCGACCUCAAGCUCCCAGCCGUCGCGUGCGCCUGCUCCUUUGCAGAAAAGAAGAAGGGUUACGCGCGCCUGUGAUGAAUGUCGUCGCAAGAAGAUCAAGUGCGACGGAAAGCAGCCAUGUACCCAUUGUACGGUGUAUAGCUAUGGUAUGCAGAAUUCAGAUGCGCAUUGCGACAUUCUCUUCUCUCUCCAACUCAAGCUUGGACGUCGUCAACUAAUACCAGUCAGACUGAACCCCGCACCCCAAUAUAUCGAAGCUCUCGAGAACCGUUUGCAACGAGCAGAAACCCUACUUAGGACUGUCCUCCCCAACGUGGACUUGAACGACCCGAAUAUUGAUGCCUUAAUUCAACAACGUCGUCAAGCAGGCGUUGGCAAGGAUGUCUUACAGAACAAUGCUGCCGGCAAAUCUGGCGAUGCUUCUGACUCGUCGGAACAAGAUGCACAAUUGCGAUCCAUGAUUGAGUCUACAGGUCAACUUGACCUGGAUGAUAAGGGAAAUUGGGAUUUCCAUGGUACUUCUUCUGGCACAGUCUUUGUCAGGCGCAUGCGAGAGCAGUUUGGGGGACUUCUCGGAAAUGAUCACAACGCCCCCCUAUUCCCAAGAAUACCGCGACCCAAUGUGACACCUAUGUUCGACUCGCCCAGAUCUUCCACGGAAAGUCCAAUGGAUAGUGGCCUUCCCAAUACCAUGGAUCUUCCAUCCCGUGAAAAUGCGAAAGCUUUAUGCGAGGAUUCUCUGAAUAGCGCAAGCUCUCUAUUGCGCUUUGUACAUCAGCCUACCUUCUAUGAGAUGUUUGACAGAAUAUAUGACAUACCUCCCGAAAGCUUCGGAGACAGCGAAAACCGAUUUCUUCCUCUUUUAUAUAUGGUACUUGCCUUAGGAUGUAUGUUCCAUCUGGAGCCAGGAGAGAAUCCGAAUAACCCAACGCAGAAUACCUACAAAGCUGGGAUCGAGCAAGGUCUCAAAUAUUUUCGAGCUGCUCGAAACAUGAUGGAUAUAACGGACUGUCGUGACAUUACAUCAUUGCAAGCAAUUUUGUUCAUGAUUCUAUUUCUACAAUCGUCCGCUAACCUGAGCACCUGUUAUUCUUACAUUGGAGUCGCUUUGAGGUCCGCGUUACGCCAGGGCCUUCAUCGUAGCCUCCUUAAGAAUUUCAACCCUGUGGAACUUGAGACUCGAAGAAGAGUCUUCUGGGUGAUCAGAAAAAUGGACACAUACGUUUCAGUCUUGCUUGGAUUUCCUCAAAUGCUCAGCAAUGAUGACAUUGACCAAGAACUUCCUCUUGAGGUCGACGAUGAGUACAUAACCAAGGAUGGUAUUUUGGAGAUGCCAAAUGGGCCCUCACUUCUUUUCCAAGCCUCGAAUGCGCACACUCGAUUAAUGUUCACGCUGGCCAAAGUUAUCAAGUAUAUAUACCCCACAAAAGGCUUGGAGGAGUCCCUGCAAGGUAACUCUAAGUCUUCGUACGGCAUCAAUCAUGCCAAGAUUCGGGAGAUCGAGCGGGAUCUUGCAGCAUGGCUUGAUAAGCUGCCCAUGGCCCUGCGACCAGGAGGAGAUGGGCCUCCAAAUAUUCUUCGCGUCCAACAGCUUCUCAGAUUAUCUUAUGCCCAUGUUCAGAUGAUGUUGUACAGACCAUUCUUGCACUACGUGUCUGAGAAACAAUGUGCUAGUAAGAAAGUUGACGAGAGAGCUUACGCUUGUGCUGCGGCUUGUGUCAGCGUGUCGCGAAACAUCGUCCACAUCACCACUGAAAUGAAAAGGCGAGGACUACUUGUCGGUGCUUAUUGGUUCACGAUGUAUACUACGUUCUUCGCGAUCUUAUCUCUGGUUUAUUUUGUGCUUGAGAAUCCAGAUAAGCCAGGUUCAAAAGAGAUCCUAGCUGAUGCCAAUGACGGGAAAGAUGCGCUCAAUGGAUUGGCUAGGAGAAGUCAGGCCGCAGAUAGGUGCUCCUCGGCAUUGAAGGGACUAUUCGAGCGAUUGCCUGGGCGCCUGAAAGACAGUCGGCCUGGAUCUGCUGUCCCUAAAAAGAAGCGUUCGGCCCCAUCACCCGCUAUGGCACCUCAGGCUGGCAACGGCUCCCCAGAUGUAUCUCAAAUCGGGCCAGGAGGAUUGCCUAGGGCGACAACAUUUCCAGUUCCUUCGCCCUUGCAGACAAGUAACCUUCAGAGGUCAUCACUUGAUGAGAAUCGAUUCCCGAUCAACACACUUUCGAAUCCCAACCUCCGGCAAAGUUACAUGUCACCAACGGACUUGUCUGCAGUCGGGACUCCUGAUUCUAGCAGUACCAAUAACAGCAUACCGCAACGAUUUCCCAUUCAACAGUCACAAUUCGGCAUAAACACAGCUGUUCCAGACCUUAGCGCAAUGAUGUUCCCCUCUGCUGAUCCAUUUGCUUACCCCAACCAAGCCAUGGCUGCGUUCGACAAUAUGAAGCAAGAGAAUAUUGGUCUGAUGAACAACUCUCAGAUCCCACCCAUGUAUCUUUCCAACGGCAAUCCCACUCCCACAAGUGGGCGAUACGAAGAUCUGGAGGGUCAACUCUUCGGUCCUCUCCCACCAUAUCUUUCUCAAGGACAGCAAAAUUACGACCUUAAUUCGCACCUUGGUGCAGCAUCAGGCAUGAUGGGUGGUCUGAGUCAAGAUAUGAACUACCACACAGGUAUAACUCCCAGCCAUGAAAUGGCUGGCAAUUUUGAUGGCUUCUUUUCGGGAGAUGGGGAUAAUUGGAGUAACAGUCUGGCAGAUCAAAGGUUUGGGUAA